AUGAGUGAAAGAUGCAGAAUGGAGAGGGUAUUUUUGGUCUUCUGUGCCCACUGUGAUUCUUUCCUUCUGUCCUGUUUUCUGUCACAUCGAAUUCUGUGUCAUGCUAGGGUGAUGGACAAACGCCUAUGGCCAGCGUACUACUUGGAAAAAGUAGAUGACCUUGCUUCACUUGAGACCUGUGAGCUUAUCUGGAAAGCAGGAGUUGGAUUUGCAAAUAAGCCGAGCUCCAGCGCCCAGCAUGACCAAAAUCGUACAGAAAUCCUGAAAUUAUUAUUGACUUGCUUCUCGAAAGUUAUCUAUGCGCCCAUAACUGAUGAGAGUCGCCUUCGCUGGGUCGCUCACUUCACAUCUGCUGAAAAUAGGAAUGUGGAAUGUGUUGCCGUUAUUUACCUCAUUGCUAAAUAUUGUCUGCGCUCAAAUCCGGUUGGCAUGGGUCUUCCGUACAAUUAUCUGCUUUUCAAUGAUUCUCGUGAACCACUUGUUGAAGCAACAAGAUUACUCAGUAACCCGUUACAAUCGACAUAUCUUCCAAACUCUGCUAAAAAAGUAAACUUCCAUCAGGAGCUACUCGUGCUUCUGUGGAAAUGCUGUGAAUAUAAUCAGAAAGUCUUAUUCUACGUUUCAAAAACAUCUGUUAUUCUUGAGAUACUGGUUCCCAUUCUGUACCACAUCACAGAGUCUAGGAAUGAUCCGACACGCGUUGGUCUAAUUCACAUGGGCGUAUUUCUUGUGCUUUUGCUGAGUGGAGACGCAACUUUGGUGUUCGCCUCAAUAAACCAUGCAUCGCCAAGGCAGCCAUUGAUAUACAAUCCUUCACUGGUGUUUCAUAAGUUUAUAACUACUUGA